ACAGCAAAGACAAGUUCAUCUUCCUAGUAAAGACAUCCAAGUGUUUACUGGUGAUCCGUUAACCUACAAAUCUUUCAUCAGGUCCUUUGAGCAUACCAUUGAACAUAAAACAGACAAUGAAAAGGACAAGCUAUAUUAUCUAGAGCAAUACACUGCAGGAGAACCCCAAGAGCUCGUCAGGAGCUGUGAAUAUAUGCCGUCAAGCAGAGGUUUCAAAGAAGCAAAACGACUUCUCCAGAGGCAUUAUGGAGAUGAGCUGAUCAUAGCAAGGGCGUAUAUCGAUAAAGCUUUAAAGUGGCCUCAGAUCAAGUCUGAUGAUGGUAAAGCCUUGAGUGCAUAUGCUCUGUUCCUGAUUGGUUGUCGUAAUACAUUGGAGGAUGGAGAGUCUAUGGAGGAAAUGGACAAUCCUACCAACAUGAGAGUUGUAAUUUCAAAGUUACCAUACAAAAUGAAAGAAAAGUGGCGAUCAGAAGCAUACGACAUCAAAGAGCGACAAGGAGUAAGAGCCAGAUUUACUCAUUUAGUUGACUUCAUUGAUCGUCAAGCAAAAAUGGCAAUGGAUCCACUCUUUGGAGACAUACUGGACAAUCGCAAUGUUGUAGCAGUGAAGGCAAAUCAGAAAGAGAAGUACCCUAAAAAAGGAAUAAGUAAGAGCAGCUUUGCAACCAACAUUUGCAUGGAAGAAAGAAGACCACCGGAGGUGUCAAGAAAACAGGUCAGUCCAUCCAAGAUAGUGAAUGCCUUUGAGAAACCAUGUAUGUUUUGCUCAAAAAGUCAUGCUCUCGAGUCAUGCAGUGAGAUCAAAGAGCAGCCGCAUAAGGUACGUGUGGAGUUCUUGAAGUCUAGGGGCUUGUGCUUUGGAUGUUUAACUCAAGGCCAUCUUAGCAAGAUGUGUAAAAAGAGAAUGGAAUGUAAGGAAUGUUUCCAGAAACACCCAGACAUUCUACACAUUAAGGAGGACCCCAAAAGUACAAAAGAUGUAGAAUCAUUAGACAAAAAGAUCUCAUGUGCCCAGGUCUCCCUUAACCACCAAUCAAACAACUUCUCAGAGUGUGCAGGAGAUAACUGUGUGUUGUCAAUAGUGCCAGUGAAAGUUAAGUCAAGUAAAGGUGACCGAUAUGUGGAAACGUAUGCUUUCCUGGAUGCAGGAAGUACAGCUACCUUUUGUACUGAAGAGCUGCGAAAGAAACUAAACCUGAAAGGGAAGCCAACUCAGAUUCUACUAAGCACUAUGUGUCAAGAUAAGCCAGGAGAGCAGAAGCUGGUUAACAGUUUUAUCCUCACAGACCUGGAGGUGUGUGCACUGGAAGACACAAAGUACUUCGAGCUUCCUAAGGUCUUUACACACAGCAACAUUCCUGUUCAAAACGACAACAUUCCUAAACAAGAAGAUAUCAGCAAGUGGCCAUACUUGAGUGAAGUAAGCAUACCUAGCAUUAAUGCAAAUGUGGAUCUUCUUAUUGGAGCCAACAAUUCGAAGGCAAUGGAGCCGUGGUACAUCAUAAAUAGCCAACAAGAUGGACCAUAUGCCGUGAAAACUGCACUUGGUUGGGUGGUGAAUGGAACCAUUAAGAAAGAAAACAACACUCCAGAAAGGUCUAAACUGCCGCACCAUACAGUUAAUCGUCUCUCGAUGGUGGAAAUAGAACAACUGUUGAUUCAGCAGUAUAACUCAGACUUUCCUGAACACCAUUAUGAAGAAAAGGAAGAAAUGUCACUGGAGGACAAACAGUUCUUGCGGACAGUGCAGGAAAAUACGAAGUUUGAGAAUGGGCAUUACUGUGUGAAAUUGCCAUUGAGAAAUGAAUCAGUCAAGAUGCCAAGCAAUCGAUGUGUUGCAGAACUGCGUGCAACGAACCUGAAAAGAAAGCUACAAAAGAACACAAGUUUGCUGGAAGACUACAGUAACUUCAUGAAGAGCAUUAUAGAGAAGGGAUACGCAGUCAAAGUUCCCACAGAACAGCUUGAUCGCAGCGACAACAGAGUAUGGUACAUACCACACCAUGGGGUGUACCACCCCAAGAAAAAGAAAAUUCGAGUGGUCUUUGACUGUACUGCUUCCUUUAGAGGCAUGUCUCUGAACGGCCAAUUGCUACAAGGUCCGAACCUCACAAAUACCCUCAUUGGUGUGCUCACCAGGUUUAGAGAAGAACCGAUAGCCAUGAUGGCAGAUGUGGAGUCGAUGUUCUAUCAAGUGAGGGUUCCUGAAGAGGAUGCAGAUCUGCUUCGCUUUCUUUGGUGGCCAAAUGGCAAUUUGAAUGCACCUAUAGAGGAGUAUAGAAUGAUGGUUCAUUUGUUCGGGGCCACAUCGUCACCUAGCUGCGCCUCAUACGCACUAAGAAAGACAGCAGAAGACAGAAAAGAUGUAGCACCUCAAAAGGCUGUUGAAACAGUUCUGUACAAUUUUUACGUCGACGACUGUUUGAGAUCAGUGAGCACAGAGCAAGAAGCAGUUGACCUAGUGAAGGAUAUCCGGGUCCUGUGUUCUGAAGGAGGUUUCUGCUUAACGAAGUGGGUAAGCAAUAGUAGAAAGGUAUUAUUGUCUAUCCCAGAAGAUCAGAGGGCCAGUGGAAUAAAGGACCUUGACUUGGAUCAGGAUUCUCUGCCCAUCGAGAGAGCACUUGGCAUGCAGUGGUGUACAGAAAAUGACACCUUUACUUACAACAUCCAGGUACAGGAGAAGCCAUUGAGCAGAAGAGGUAUUCUCUCGGUCGUCAAUUCAAUUUAUGACCCUCUUGGCUUUCUGGUGCCACUCAUCCUACCAGUCAAACUCCUUUUAAGAGAUAUGUGUAAGCAAGGAUAUGGAUGGGAUGAGGAGAUUGAUGGCAAGCGUGCUGAGCAGUGGAUCAGAUGGCUAGAAGAUUUAAAUCACCUCUCAGACUUCAGAAUCCAAAGGUGUGUAAAACCAGAGAAGUUCGGAAACACAACAGAAGCACAGCUGCAUCAUUUCUCUGAUGCCAGCGAAAACGCUUACGGCACAGCAACUUAUCUGGUACUUACAAAUGAACAAAAUCAGAAACACUGUUCUUUGUUGAUGGGAAAGUCGAGAGUUAGCCCACUCAAACAAAUCACAAUUCCCAGACUUGAGUUGACAGCAGCAACAGUGGCCGUCAAAAUGGACAAAAUACUAAGGCAAGAACUUCAAAUCUCACUACAGCAGUCGGUUUUCUGGACAGACAGCACUACAGUGCUCAACUACAUUGGAAACGAAAGUGCUCGCUUCAAAACCUUUGUAGCAAACAGGAUCUCACUAAUACGGGAUGCUACUACUCCAUUACAAUGGAGGUUUGUAAAGUCAUCACAGAAUCCUGCAGAUCAAGCUACUAGAGGUCUUAAAGCAAAAGACUUUGUGCAUGCAGAGACAUGGAUUAAAGGGCCGAACUUCUUGUUGAAACCAGAAGAAGAAUGGCCACAAAGACCAGAUCAAAUGAGACAAGUUCCAGAACAAGACCCUGAAAUCAAAAAGGAAAUCAAAGUCAAUGUUCUCAACAUCAGUGAAAGCAACGAUGCUAUGACCAAGUUAACUGAUUACUACUCAAGCUGGUUUCAGUUGAAAAAGCAAUAG